AUGGACACUGAUCUCAGUUCCCAGGACAGGAAGGACCUGGACAAGUUCAUCAAAUUUUUUGCUUUAAAGACGGUACAAGUAAUUGUCCAGGCCCGACUUGGAGAGAAAAUCUGUACCCGAUCAUCAUCCUCCCCAACAGGCUCUGACUGGUUCAAUUUGGCAAUCAAAGAUAUACCAGAGGUUACUCAUGAAGCAAAGAAAGCCCUGGCAGGACAACUACCCGCUGUUGGACGGUCUAUGUGCGUGGAGAUUUCUCUCAAAACCUCAGAGGGAGACUCCAUGGAGCUGGAAAUUUGGUGUCUAGAAAUGAAUGAAAAGUGUGACAAAGAAAUCAAAGUUUCAUACACUGUAUACAACAGGCUGUCUCUACUGCUGAAGUCUUUGCUUGCUAUAACCAGGGUAACUCCAGCCUACAGACUCUCAAGGAAGCAAGGCCAUGAAUAUGUAAUAUUGUACAGGAUAUAUUUUGGUGAAGUGCAACUGAGUGGCUUGGGAGAAGGUUUCCAGACAGUCCGUGUUGGGACAGUGGGUACCCCAGUGGGCACCAUCACGUUGUCUUGUGCCUACAGAAUCAACCUCGCUUUUAUGUCAACCAGGCAGUUUGAGAGGACCCCGCCUAUCAUGGGGAUUAUCAUUGAUCACUUUGUGGACCGUCCCUAUCCCAGCUCUUCACCCAUGCAUCCCUGCAAUUACAGAGCUGGUGAGGACAAUGGUGCAGUAUACCCCUCAGUAGAAGAUUCUCAAGAAGUGUGUACCACGUCUUUUUCCACCUCUCCUCCAUCUCAGUGUGUUUUUACUGUCACAAAGGCACAUUUUCAGACCCCUCCUCCUGUGGUGACGGACACCUUGAAGGUCCCAGUGAUGGGACUGGCCUUUUCACAUCAACUUUCCAGCUCUCGUCUUUCCUAUCAGCCUGCUGCCCUGGGAGUUGGAUCAGCUGACAUGGGGUAUCCUGUACUCUUUGCUGGUGGCUUGAAUGCUGCACACCCUCACCAGUUGAUUGGUCCAGGCAAAGAGGGGGGAGUUCCCCCAAUUCCUAGCCAGCCAGCACAUGGCACUCAAGCUGACCAAGAGAGGAUGUGCACCCCACUGGAUGGAGUCCACUACUCAGCAGCUACUCCUUCUAGUAGCGAGGACACAGAAACGGUAUCAAACAGCAGCGAAGGGAAGUGUGGCUCCCCACAUGACCUUUUGGAGACCAUCUUUAUCCGGAAGGUGGGAGCUUUUGUCAACAAACCCAUUAACCAGGUGACCAUGGCCAACUUAGACAUUCCUUUUGCCAUGUUUGCUCCCAAGAAUGUUGAGCUGGAAGAUAACGACACCAUGGUCAAUCCUCCUGACUCCCCAGAAACUGAAUCUCCUCUACAAGGCAGCUUACACUCGGAGGGCUCCAGUGGCAGCAGCACAGGGAACACCCAUGAUGACUUUGUUAUGAUUGACUUUAAACCAGCAUUUUCAAAAGAUGACAUUCUUCCAAUGGACCUGGGGACAUUUUACCGUGAGUUUCAGAACCCCCCUCAACUCAGCAGCCUCUCCAUUGACAUUGGAGCGCAGUCCAUGGCAGAGGAUUUGGACUCGUUACCAGAGAAGCUGGCAGUCCACGAGAAAAAUGUCAAAGAGUUUGAUGCCUUUGUAGAAACCUUGCAGUGAAGCUGUUUUCCAGUUUUGCUGCAGCAGUUCUUCCUCCUCAAGGCAUCCUGGAGAAUGACGUCAACAAAUCUCUCUUAUUGCCCCUGCUCUGCCUUUUGUCUCACUUUGACUAGUUCCUUCCAUCAAGUGAGCUUUCUUUGAUUGCUCUCUUCAACAGCAGAUACAGCUCAUCUGCUGAUUUUCCUCAACUACACCACCGCAUAGUUCUGGACCGCUUUUCCUGCUCACAGUCAGUUUUGAAUUUAAGACUUCAGUAGGGACACAGGAAGUCAAACACCAAUAUACGAAACUUAUUUUCUCCUCAGUCUCUGUUCUGUGUGGAGGGGCUUUGUGAAAAGUUGCCAUGUGCUUCCUCCAGAGGUCCUAUGGUGUAAGUUCCCUAGGUAUAGCUUCUUGCUAACAGACUUUUUCCUACAGUCUCCGAUCCUGUUAGAGCGUAGAAAGCUUUGGCUCAUUUCCAGGGUCUGUGAGUUCAGCAGAUUCGACAGUUUUAAGUCCAGGACAUCCAUUCUGCAGAACGGGGCAUUUCAUCCUGACUUCAGUGUGAGUGCCUGGAGCCCAGGAAGAGACGUCAGCUUUGGGACCUGUGUCAUACAAGUUACCUUUGUUUUCCUGCUUCUAAGGAACUGGGUCUCUGCACAGUCGUUUUGUGUGAGGCCUUCUGUUGUGCUGGCUGAUAAGAAGGAAUGAAACUACAGAAGCGCUUUCCACGUUUCCUUCCUGAGCGUACUGACGCUCGGCCGUGCUGAGUUUACCAGUGCUGACUGUUGGCAAGCCUGCACGUAGCAGCUGUGAUGAUGCUGAAUUCAUAGUCUCCGCUUCUGAAAUGUGACUGUAAAUACUAGGAAUCCUAUUUCUUUAGGGUUAUGUAACUAGGAGUCUUAGUCCAAGAUUCUUUCCUCUAACCCUUGCAAACCUUCCUGCUUUAUGGUUAAUAGAUGAUCUUAAGAAUCCAGAAAUAUUUAUUGCUUUUAAAGAAACCUA